GAGAGGGGAGUGGGGCUGUAGAAAUGGAGCCGCGACUCCGUUCCCGAAGGAAGUGAUGUCACAUAGAGCGCGUCCCCCGCGCCACGCAGCUCCCUGAUUCGCUGGCUGUAGUUUAAUCCCUCCUCGAGUGCGUCCGCCGACGGGUGCCCUGGAGGGGAGUGUUGGGCGAGGCUCUGCCCACCCGCAGUGGGAGUGCCGACGGUCGGCGUGUGUGUGGGGGUCGGGAUCCGGUCCCUAGUGUAUGAAGAGAUUUUUUCAGAGGCAUCAAAUAAUGUCUUCUGAAAUGUUGCCAGCAUUUACUGAGUCUUCUAAUGUUGAAAGAAAGCAAAGCUUAAGUGAAGAUCAAGAGAAGAGCCAGAAGCCAAGAUUAGGUGAAGAGUUUGAACCAAUAUCUAAAAGACAAAUGAAGAAGCUAAUUAAACAGAAACAGUGGGAAGAACAAAGAGAGCUCCGCAAACAAAAGCGGAAGGAAAAACGCAAGAGAAAACAAUUAGAGCGACAAUGUCAACUGGAAUCAAACGUAGAUGGAAAUGACAGAAAACGCAUUCGAAGAGAUGUUGUCCACAGUACACUCCGCCUUAUCAUUGACUGCAGUUUUGACAGCUUGAUGGUAUUAAAGGACAUUAAGAAACUUCAUAAACAGAUUCAGCGAUGUUAUGCCGAAAAUCGGCGAGCACUGCAUCCUGUGCAGUUUUACUUGACAAGCCAUGGAGGCCAAUUGAAAAAGAACAUGGAUGAAAAUGACAGAGGAUGGGUCAACUGGAAGGAUAUACACAUCAAAGCAGAGCAUUAUAGUGAAUUCAUAAAGAAAGAAGACCUAAUUUAUCUAACAUCAGACUCACCUAAUGUGCUGAAGGAAUUAGAUGAAUCAAAGGCUUAUGUGAUUGGAGGGUUAGUAGAUCACAACCAUCACAAGGGACUCACAUAUAAACAAGCAUCAGAUCAUGGAAUUGAUCAUGCACAGCUCCCCCUUGGAAAUUUUGUGAAGAUGAAUAGUAGGAAAGUUUUGGCAAUUAAUCAUGUGUUUGAGAUUAUUCUGGAAUAUCUGGAAACCAAAGACUGGCAAGAAGCAUUUUUUACUAUCUUACCCCAACGGAAAGGAGCUGUUCCCACAGACAAAACCUGUGAAAGUUCUUCGCAUGACAAGACAUCUGUCAGGGUUGAAGAUGGAUUGGACAGUGAUUCUAGUGAGGAAGAAAAUAGCAGAAAUGAACUAGAAUCACCACAUGAAGAAGAAAAGCAAGAUAAAGAAAAUAGUAAUGAAUCUACAGUGAACUCUAUGCCACACUAAUGUUAUCUGUUGUUUUUUGUUUUUUGUUUUUGGUUUUUUUUUUUUUUUUUUAGUUUAAGGAAAGCCAGAGAAAAUGAGGUGCUUCAUAGAAUAUUCUAACUGGGAGAAAAUUUUAUUUCCUCUUAUUUCUGUUGUCAAUUUUUAAAACUUUUUUUAGAGCUAAUUGAUAAAAAGCCCUUAUAAGAAAGUAUUUUUUGUUUUUACAUAAAAUUUAAAUGUAUAAUUUUUAAAAUAGUUUUCUAAGUCUCAAGAGGUAAAACUUCAUUCUCUCUUAUUUACUGGAUUAUAUUUUUUAGAAUGUGCCUUCUGACCUUUCAGUUUUAUUUUUUAAUGUUUAUAUCAAGUGUCUUUCUGAUUUUUGCCUACUUAGUUGUAGAGGUAGAUAUUCAUCAAUCUCCUCUAAGUCUACUGAAAUGUUCUGUCUGGGAGGUUACCUCCUAUUUGCAGCUUUUUUUAUUCAACUUAGUUACUUCAAAAGAAUGCAGUUAUCUUAGGAAGAAGUAUUAGAUUGAUAAACUCAACAAUUUAUUUCUUUUGGACUAUGGAGCCCAUCUCUAUUCCUCCUCUGUGAUGCCUUUUUGUGGCUCUAAAGCAAUCACCAAAGAGGGUAAAGAAUCUCUUUAAUGUCCUUUCCAAAGUUCAAUAAUGGUGGUAACUUAUUUCAAUUACCAAAUGUAAUUCUUCAGACUAGAUUAUUUUAAAAGGCCAUUGAGUAUCAAUUUUGUCUUAAAUUUAAAAGGAGACAGCUCUUAGCUGUCCUUUCCUUCUGUAUGUACUUCUAUUAAAUAAUAUAUUUCUUGGUUCUUAAAGUGAACAAAGUUAACUUUAUAUGUGCAUCUGUCUACUAGCAUAUAAUAUACAAGCUAAUAUAACUGUAUGUUCCUAUAAAUAAGCAUGUAUGAAAAAUAUAUAAUUGUAUAUAUAUCCACAAUCAUGUAUGAUUCUCAGUUAAUAACAGAACUGAGUCGCCAAAUAUCUGUAUAAUUGCCUCAAUGACUGUGUUGAACAACACUAAGAACUUGAAUUUCAGAAAGUGCAAAAAUCCAUAGCUAAACUUUUAUAUGAGGACAUUGGCAAGGUGGGGCUGAAAGGAGAUGUUUUUAUUUUCUCCUGGUAAAUGUAGAGCAGAUAUGUUUAAAAUAGUGAUUAUUCUUUGUCAUAGCUAAAGCAAGAUUUCAGAAGCCUUCACUGAGUUUGGUUAAAUUUUCUGUUCUUUUUACUCACUGGCAUCUCAAAUUAUGUACACAUUUGGUAGAAAGUUCAUUAGAUUUAGUAUUGAUAGUCACGGUCUCUUAAUUUUUGUUGCUUUAUUCCUAGUAAUAUAGUUAUCCGUUUAAAGUAAGGUCUGUGAGCAAGGUACAGAAAUAAAAGCCUCUACCAUUCUAGAAGAGCAAAGCAUAUAUCUCAAGUUGUAUUUCUCAGAGGUUCAGGUUUUCCUAAGUACGGUUUAGUAAAAUGAAAUCCAGUUAAUCCUUGAAAAGUGUGGGGAUGAGGGGCAGCAACCCCCUCACACAGUUGAAAAUCCAUGUAUAACCUUGUCUCAAAACUUAAUAGCCUACUGUUGACCCAAGAUCUUACUGAUAACACAGUAAGUGUAUUAACAUGUAUUUAUAUGUUAUAUGUAUUAUAUACUGUGUUCUGAAAAUAAACUAGAGAAAAUGUUAAGAAAAUCAUAAGAGAAAAUACAUUUACAAUACUGUACUGUAUAGAAAAAAAUUCACAUAUAAGUGGACCCAUGCAUUUCAAACCUGUGUUGUUCAGGAGUCAACUGUAUUAUGCCUUUUACUUAAAUUAUUUAAUAUGGAAUGAGGCACAAGUUAAUUUUGAAAGGAGGGGGAAAAUCAUUACAGGCACUGUGCACUUUGUCACUCAUUAUGAAAGCCCUGUAUUAUUUCCUAGUGCUUCCAUAACAAAUUCCCACCCGGUGGUUUAAAACAACAGGAAUUUUUUCCCUACAGUUCUGGGGGCUAAAACUCCGAAUCAAGAUGGAUCAUGUACCCUCUGAAGGCUAAAGGGAAAAAAGUCCUUCCUAGCCUCUUCUUCGUUUUUGGUGGUCCCAGCAAUCCUUGCUGUUCCUUGGCUUACAGCUGCAUCACUCCAGUAUCUGCUUUGUCAUCAAAUGGCUUCUGCCCCCAGUCUUCCUUGCCUGUGUCUGUGUCCCUCUUAUAAGCAUAGCAAUCAUUGGAUCAGUGUCCAACAUAAUCCAGUAUGACCUCAUCUUAACUGGAUUACAUUUGCAAAGAUCCUAUUUCCAAAUAAGGUCACAUUUAAAAGGUACAAGAUACUAGGACUUGAACAUAUAUUUGAGUAGGCACAAUUCUAUCCAUACAAGUUUAUAUAUUAGGCUGUUGAUGACAAGGAGAUACAACCUUCACCUCAGGGUAAGAUUACAAUGAGAAAUAAGUAAUUGCUGAGGUAUUUAAAAAUCUUUUUAAAAUUAUGGUAAUUUAAUGUAUUUUAACAUUGUUUUGGCUUAUUGAGGUGCCUUAUUUAAGACUUCAUUUGCAGUGAAGUCUCCUGUAUUGGGACAUAAUAAAGGUAAGGAAUUCAGUUAGUAUUUAAAUAAAUGCAUCCAAAGGAAAUAUGUCUCCUGAAAUAAUAAAAUUUUCUCUCACUUCAUUUCUUCAAAAACCUGAAGUGUUAAUAAAUCAAGCUUGUUGAUAAAGGAAGGAGCGUUCUUUGGAUUGAUUCCCCAGAAGUCAGUGUGUUGCCAUCUGGAAGCAUUUGAAAAUACUUGAAAUUGGAAAAGAAAACAAAAAAGGCAAGCACUUCUGAAAGAAUGUUAAGGUGAAUGAACAGUUAUGAAACCUAUCAACUAUUGCCAAUUAAAAAGGAAAGUGAUAGACCAUUUUAUAGAUGGAGAGAGUCACAGAUGAUAUAGGUAAAAGGCAAGAAUUGUCCAUAGAGCACUGAGAACACAUACAGACAACAGUUGUAAGAAGAAAAUUUUAAAAAGGGAAAAAAAUGGCAGAGAUUAGAAUUAGACAGCAGUGGGGUAUGGUGCUCAUUAAACUUUGACCUCAAUUGGCAGAGAGAUGCUUAUGUGUGUUUCUAGCUCCUAGUCAAGCACAUAGAAUAGGCUUUUCAUAAAUGUGAAGGGAAGAAGCAGUGUCACAAUGAAAAGACAACAGAGUUAGUGGGAAGAAUAGGCUUAAAUUUUGGCACAGCCAUCUUUUGAUUAUGACUCUGGGGGAACUUAAUGAACUUCUGUCAGUCUUUGUGUCCUCACUUGUGAAAUAGGAAUGUUACCCAUUUAUCCUUUCUCUUAGGGUUGAGCAAUCAAUUGAUUUGAAACUGAGCAGAAGCUAACUUCACAAUACUUUCUCAUUAACAUUCCUUCAUAUCUUGCCUUGUUUCCCUUGUUUCACAUUGUUUGACAUGAUAUGCACCCCCCCCCAAAAUGAAUAAACCAUAUAUAAUCCUUU